AUGGCCAACCAAGAGGACCCUCCUACAGGUAAGCAUUGGAAGCACCCAGAAAGACGACGAACCAUGUUCACUGCAAAGCAACUAGAAGAACUGAAGCUCUUGUUCUAUCAGAACCCAUAUCCAAGCUACACUCUUAAGAAGGAAACAGCCUCAAAACUGGGCGUCCAUCCAACAGCGCUGCAGGUCUGGUUCAAGAACUACAGAGCAAAACUCAAAAAAGCAAAAUGCCGAAGGUAUAUACAGCGAAGACAACAACAAGAUGCUGACCAUCAGCAGUCCCCGGAGACCUGGGUCCCGAAGAGUCCUUCCAAGGGCAAUAUGGAUGCUCCAUCCACAUCCUGCACGUGUACCUGUACCUGUCUUGGAUCUCUAGUUUACACAGAUCAUCUAGCACCCUCAUUCCAACUUAGCAUAUGUCCCAAUUUGAAGGUUCCCACAGACCACUCUGCCGGACACAAAAUAGUCCAUUUUGGUUGCUGCCAAGAUCCGAACAUAUACUGUCUUCGUCCUAUUGUGAAAUCUCAAGUACUUUCACCAAGCUUAGAGUCUCAUUCUUAA